GUUGAAAGUGCGUCACUUGUGUUGAUUCCAGUAGCGGCGUUUGUACACACAUUUUUAGUCAUUGCUUUUUAUCGUUCAUCGCUCCAACUGAUUCAAGCGAUAUCAUGGGCUGGAUAACUUUAAGAAAGAAAAGAUCUAGAAACAUCACGCCGGAUGUGGACUUCCAGCUUGAAGAGGACUUGAAGAUUACGACUCGACACGUCGAGAAUGUAUCUCUAAACGAGUGUUCACGUUCUCAAAGAUACCCCUUCAUUUCCCCGAAUGUAUCAGAUUCCGAGCUUCCAUUCAUCCCGGCGACUGCAGUCAGCCAAGGAACGUCGUCUGAAUUGGGCGGCUUGCUGUUAGUGAUAGAUGAUGUAGUUUAUGACUGCACAGAAUUCACAACGGAGCAUCCGGGCGGAAAAGGCAUUCUAGAAGGCUUUGCAGGCAGCGAUUGUAGCUGGCAAUUUUGGCGGUUUCACGGGAAGAAGGAUAUGGAGAUCGGGAGGGUACUAAGGGUGGGGAGGACGAAGGGGGCAAGGAAUAAAUAUGCAGAGCCAGUGAAAUGGGUUGGAUUAAAGAGCCUUGGGGAUAAUGAUUGGUGAUUAGUGAAGGAGUGAGGUGAAAGUUGUGCCACAAUAUCGCGAGUGCAGUCUUGGAAUCGCUGCUACACAAACACGUUAAAAAAGGGAAAAUUCCGAUUAAGUUUAUUGAUUAUCUUAAAUAACACCCUUGACUGAAGGGAGCGUAUGUGUACCUACGCACUUUGUGAUGCCGGUGUUGUGAAACUCAUAAUUCCAGCUCCAGUAUUAAAAUGCUAAGGAAUGUGCA